UUUGUAAAAAACAUUUUAGAAGCAAGGUGCAGCCAUGGUGGUGUUGUCAGAGAUUGAGGAAGAUGAACUUGACGAAGAACCAGGCGAGGUCAUUGAAUCCGCACCGCCCCAAAAGCUUGGCGAAGAGAGGAAACUCAGUGGCGACCCGCCUCUCACAAAGAAGCUCCUCAAACGCGGACACGGUUGGGAAACCCCUGACAUCAACGACCAAGUCACUGUUCACUAUGUUGGAACUUUCCUUGAUGGAACAAAGUUUGUCUCCACUAGAGAUUCUGAUAAGCCUGAGACAUUUACUCUUGGCCAAGUUCAUGUGCAUGCUGUGUUGGAUCAUGGGAUUAUCACAAUGAAGAAGGGAGAGGUAGCUUUGUUCGCGGUGCCUGAUGAUGGCUCAACCUCGGUUAUGCAGUUUGAGUUGGAACUCAUUUCGUGGAUCAAGGUGGUGGAUGUUUUCAAAGAUGGUGGGAUCAUCAAGAAAAUUAUGGAGGCGGGGAGCGGGAACGAGCGGCCUAGUGAUCUGGAUGAAGUCCUUGUGAAGUAUCAUGUGGCGCUAGUUGAUGGCACUGUUGUUGCAAAAACACAAGAAGAAGGGGUUGAAUUUCAUUUGAAGGAUGGUCAUCUUUUACCAAGAUUGCCGAAAGUAAUCAUGACUAUGACAAGGGGAGAGAAGGCUGAAUUAAUUGUUCAACCUCAAUAUGCCUUUGGGGAGAAAGGUAGAGAAGCUGGCAAUGGGAUCCAUUCAAUUCCCCCAAAUUCAGUGCUGUGUGUUAAUAUUGAAUUGGUAUCCUUCAAGCCCGUCAUAAAUGUUACUGGUGACUCCAUGGUGCUUAAGAAGAUUCUGAAAGAAGGGGAAGGUGCUUUCAUGGCCAAUGAGGGUGCAAAUGUUACUGUCAGCUACACAGCUAUGCUAGAAGAUGGCACUGUGUUUGAGAAAAGAGGAAUUGAUGACAUAGAACCCUUGAAAUUCAUAACUGAUGAGGAGCAAGUGAUUACUGGUCUAGACCGGGAAGUGGCAACAAUGAAGAAGGGAGAGAGGGCCAUGAUUAGCAUACAUCCUGAUUAUGCAUUUGGAAAUAUGGAAGUCAGACAAGAUUUUGCUACUGUGCCUCCAGGCUCAAAUGUAGUGUAUGACAUUGAGAUGAUGGAUUUUAUUAAGGAGAAAGCACCAUGGGAAUUGAGUAGUAAGGAGAAAAUUGCGGUAGCCGGGAGAAAAAAAGAUGAAGGAAAUUUACUAUUCAAAGAUGGAAAGUAUCAGCGAGCAGGGAAGAAGUAUGAAAAGGCGGCUGAUUUUGUUAGUGAAGAUGGAUCCUUUGGCGAUGAUGAGCAAAAUCUAGCUAAGGCAUUGAGAGUGUCGUGCUGGUUGAACGGUGCAGCUUGUAGCCUUAAACUUAAUGACUUUCCUGAAGCAAUCAAACUAUGUUCUCAGGUGCUUGAUGUUGAGUUUCACAAUGUGAAAGCUUUGUACAGACGAGCGCAAGCAUAUCUAGAGACUGGAGACUUUCUCUUGGCAGAUUUGGACCUGAAGAAAGCUCUUGAGGUGGACCCACAAAACAGGGAUGUACUGGUAAUGAAGAAGAAAUUCAAGCAAAUUCAAGCUGACAGUGACAAGAAAGACGCUAAGUUGUAUGAAAAUAUGUUUGCACAUAAAAUAAAGAAAUUAAAGGUUGAAAAGGUGGAGCAUAAGAAGGAAAGCGAAGAGGUUGUGAGAAUGGAAAUGGACAAAGUUGAUGAUAACGCAGCUCCUCCUGAUGGUGUGGUUUAGUUGUUGAUUCUUGUUGACCCUGUAAAGUAAAAGUAUACAAUAUAAAGCCUCUAAGUCUCUAACGGAAGAAUAUAAUAUGAAGUUAUAGAUGGUAGAUGAUGUGCCAAAGGUGCAAGUGCACAGUUUCGCAUGGGGUUUUAGUUUAUCGAACCUCAGCGAUUGUGAUAGUUUUACUCUAUCGUGACCAAUUUUACUUUGUGAGGAUGAAAAACAAAAAUAAAAGGGAAAAAUAUUGGAUUGGUGGUUGUAACUUAGAAAUUAAUAAAACCGAAACGAGAGCAAGAUUAUAAUUGAAAUAAAUUCAAGUUCAAAACGCA